AUUUCAUUCCUCCUGUGUCAGAAGGAACAGUAAUGAUGAUGGUGGUGAUGAUGAUGAUGAUGAUGAUGAUGAUCUCAGAGCUGUGCUCGUUUCACUCUACAUAACUUCAUCAUAUUUUCUUCUGUUCUGGUUUGUUUUCUCAUCCCUGGGGUUAAAGUAUAAUAACAGGUCGUGAUGUCUCUGAGUUCGGGUGUUUGGGCUCCGGUGCUUCCGUCACCGUCGUUACAGCAGAGCUCGAGCUCAGGUUGCAGCACGGUGCUGAUGUCAGUGCGCGUGUCGGUGUCACGAGGGGCGCUGCGGCCGUUCAGCUCCCCCGGUGCCGUGGAUGAUGACGCGUCUCUCCGCCUGCAGCUCAGCAUGGACCCGAACCGGCCCGGAGAAUUCCGCCUCACCGUCAGAGACUCCGGCAGUAACGGCAGGAUCACGUCUCUGGCAGAGUUCGAGCUGCGUGCAGUGAGGUACGAGAUCAAGUCGCCUCGCUGCCACGAGCUGUUUGUCAUCAAGCCGCCUCAUGACACGCUGGUCUUCACUUUCCGCAGCGAGCAGGAGGCCCAGGAGUGGGCCACUGUCAUGAUCUCAUCACUGAGGGAAGCCCACAGAGUCGCAGGCAUUGCCUCUCAUCCUACUGAUGACUCAGUACCUUACCUGAAACCCAUCGAGCAGAGUGCAGCCUUGUCAUUAUCAGCAAAAGAGGAGCUGUGUGCUGAGUUGUCCAGAGCCAUUAAAGCCGGAGACGCUCAGGCAGCAAUGCAGCACGCUACAUCCCUAGCACACCAGCAGAUGGCACUCACCAUCCAGCCGGCUCAAACGGACCCUGAAGACGGAGAGAUCAGCUUAGCAGUUGCUGUUGAAGAUGCCACGUCUUCCUGUUGCGUCACGGUGAAAGUCACCCCCCACAUGACUGUAGCAUCUCUCAAGCAGCAGAUGUUUGCUGAAUAUGGUUUUCACCCGAGAGUGCAGCGCUGGGUCAUAGGUCAGUGUUUGUGCUCUGAGCAGCGCUCUCUGGUGUCGUACGGCGUGUGUCGAGACGGAGAUACGGCAUUUCUCUACCUCCUCUCAGCGCGCCACGCCAGCCUCAGCCGACUGCAGUGCCAGCAGGACCAGGAGAGCGCCCUCCUCGCACCCGCGCCCAAACCAGCACCGACCUCGGCACCACUCAGCCACGACUGGAGAGGAUACAGCACACUGCCUCCCCGACUACAUCACGCAAACGAAGCAAAAACUUGUCAGACACACCUGGAGAGACUGCAGCUGCGUGUACCUGGAGUGAGACCAACAAACACACAGCUGGGUUGGUCGUGUCCUUCAUGCACAUUCAUAAACAAACCAACGAGGCCCGGCUGUGAAAUCUGCAGCACAGAAAGACCUGUUCGUCUGGAGCUCAGCGCGUCCGAGGAAGCGGCUCUUUUGCUCUAAGAGCUUUCCGAACAUCACUGUGAACUUUUUCAGCUGGAAGGAGGCCAGUACAGAUAUGGAAAAGAUAUAUUGUGGAUAUAUAAAGAUGAUACAUUGUGCUGAGUGAACCGAGGUGAGAAAAAGUCUCCCUGAACUCUUAACAUAUCUAGGAAUCUGUAUUGCCACAUGCCAUGCUCUUUUAUUUGAGUCGCAUCCCAUCAAAGACGCUUCGGCGACAUCUGAGCCGAGAUCGACUACACGCGAGUGAGUGAUGAAGACGACAAUGAAACUUCACAGUGGAGAUCAUCAAACAUCAGCUCCUUUACUGUCCUUAAAGUUCACUGUCUCUACAAAUAAACAGCAGUUUUCAUUUUUAUUAAAAGCAGCCUUGAUAUAUUUUUUCUUUUUAAAUAAGCAAUAAAUCACACAUGGCAUAAAAAAUGAUGAUUUGAUAAAGUGAGUUAUUGUUACUGCCAUGAUGUUGAUUUUUUUUUUUGUUUGUUUUAAAUUAUUAUGAUUUUUUUUUUUUAAAGAAAAUGCAUCAUAGUCGUAUCCAUUUAGAGUUAUGUUUAACGCUGCGGAAUGUCUGUGACACCAUUUCCUGUUCCAUUACUUCCAUUACAGCAGCUCUUUUCAUCUUUCAUGAAGUCAGUCAAACACAGCUUGGCAUCUUACUGAGAAACCGCUAACUCCUCUGUAACUUCCUCUGUCUUGUGGCAGAAAACUUACUAACUGUAACAAAAAUCCUUUCAUAAAUGUUAGAAGUCUACUUCUCUCUUUCAUCAAUUUCUACAUCUUUGUUUCAUUAUAUGACUUUCAGGUUGUCAGGAACGUCCGAUAUUCCAGUCUGUUGUUACUAUAGAGACGCACACAUUGUUACCAUAGGAACAACAAUUUUUAGAACAAGGUCGGUUUAUAAAUCUUUUACAGUCAGCAUUGCAGUUAAAAAAAAAAAACAGUAACCUUCUGACUAAUUAGAAUUGAGAAUUCAAAUCUGCUAUCCAAAUGAUUAGAAUUAACCGAGGAGAAUUUAUUACUCAUAUUUAAGACUCUUAUUCUGACAUCUUAGGUAUUUCUCUUUAAAGUGCUCCUGUUUGUGAUGAUCUUCAUGAACAAUGUUAAACCUGAACUGCAGCAUGAUCACAAAAGAGUACUCAAAAGUCAAAAGUACUGACCCCGGAGAGGAGCGUUCCUACUUCAGUAUAUUCAUACGUACGUGUUUUCAUGCAUGUGUAGAGAUGCUUCUAGACUUUUGUUUUGUAGUUUUGAAUCAUUUUUAAUUCUGUACAUUAAAGGUGGGGUGCACGAUGUUUGAAAAAUGCUUCAGAAAACUGAGUCGGGCCGACUAUCAAAACAAGCAUGUAGCCAAAUAGCAGAAAGGGGCGUGUCUUGUCGAUAUGUGGCGGAGAGAGUGUUCAGUGCGCAUGUCUGACAUUAGCAGAAAGCGAUUGAAACAUUGACAUGGCGGAUACCUGCCGUUACCUCUGCCUCAGGUUUUACAUUUCUAGCAUUUAACAGACACUUUUAUCCAGAGUGACUUACAAUUUAUUUUAAUUUAUACAAAUGAGCAAUUGAGGGUUAAGGGCCUUGCUCAGGGGCCCAGCAGCGGCAGCUUGGUGAAGCAGGGAGUCGAACUCAUGACCUUCUGAUCAGUAGUCCAACACCUUAACCAAUAGGGUUCUAGGUCUUGAACAUCUUCCACGUGAAACGGAGCUAAAGCUUUCACGGUACAACACACAGUACUACAAAAACACAUCUGUAUUACCAUAGUAUUACUCAUUGAGUUCAUUUAUUGAUAAAAAUAUUCCCUCGGCCAGCUGCCCCAGCAGGUUGCGCCAUAAUAGUUGUCUGGGUUACGUAUGUAUGUGUGGGGCGGAGCUAUCAAAACGGGUGAGAAUCAUUUGGGUUAGGGGCGUGUUUGUUUUGGUGAUUUCAAAUGUAAACAUUGGCUUUCAAACAUCGUGCACCCCACCUUUAAUUAAAUAUGACCUGUUCAGGGAUACUUUAAAUAAGAGGUGCACAGGAGGGGAGAAAAGGUAAUCUGUUCACUUGUAAAUAUAGAAUAUCAGACUUGAGUCGAAUACUUAAGCGAAGUAUUCUUAACUUUUUUUUUAUUUUUGAGUUCUGUUUGAGAUUUAUGUUUUAAGUUUUAAGAUUGUAGGAGGAUCAUUCGUUACUGAUGCAUGCUAUACCUAAUGAAUGGAACAAUUUCAUUAAAACUCAUUCAUGCAUAUUGGAAUAAUUAGAAAUGACCAUGUUUAAAAAAAAAUUGUUGCUUUUUUUUCUAAUUUGAUUUUGAUGAUCCUACAGAACUCUUAAUAACAGACUUGUAUUUUUUCCCUUGGUUUGGUUUAUUUUAUCUUUUUUUCUCUCCCUCUCUUCUGUAAAACUAUUAUCGCAAAUAGGUACUGGGCCUCGGUUUGGUGUCAUGUUUGUUUUUGUUAAAAAAUAAAUAAAAAAAUCGCAAUCCACAUAACGAGCCUGAUGUAGCAGCUCAGUAAUAUGCACUUCACCAGCCGUAAAUAAUGUAACAAAAAUCUGCUGAAAAUAUAAUUAUUACAAAACCAAAACCCGUCUAAGAAAAUCCCGUGUCGGCAUUUAUUUGUACCGCACGAUCUCCUGAUUGUAAACGAGUGCAUUUAUUAUACAGUAUAUGAGUAAAUUAUAUUUGGUGUUAAUUUUAUGGAAAAUAAAAUUAUAUGAGAACAA